UGAACAUUAGAUGUUUUUGAAACCAAAACAGACUAGAAAUAAGGGGUUUGAGGGAGGUAAUUGCCCUCGUUUUGCACCUUCCAGGCUUCUGAGGAGAAAGGCUGGAUUUAGGCUGGGUGGGCAGAAUUUGAGCCAGGAGAGAUCUUGAGGUAAGGCUAUGGAGGACAAGAAAGUUCAAGAAAUUAAAUAAACAAGAAGAAAAUUUGAAGUUUAUUGACUCAUUACUUUAUAAUAACGAGAGGAGGAAUAAACCUACUGUUAAUAAGUAUGAUGCUCGAGAAGAUAUCUUUAAAUUCAUGAUUGCUAAGGAAAAGAUCUUGUCCUCCCUUCAUGACAUCAAGACGAAAAGCGUUGUUAAUACUAAACUAAACUCGAAUGGGUUUCAAUACAGCCUUAACGAAGAAAAUAUUGCUCAAAAUAUUCAAGAUAUUCACCCUCCAAUUGGAAAGGUAGAAGAAGAAAUAAUAGGAAUGUUUCAUUUCAGAGAGAAUCUUCUGCAGAAGGCUCCUGGCAACUUCAGUCUAUCUUCCACACACCAUGAUAUCCGAUUUGAGAAGACAACGCCUCAUAAUCCUUUAGCUACUAAUGAUCAUUUUUAUUUUCCAAAGAAAUAAAGAGCAUAGUUCCACUAAAAGGCCGAUUUCUAAGGGAAGUUUCUGAGGUAAGAAAGUAAGGCAUCCUUGCUUCCGUAAUGCUGCCUCUCGGAGAUAUCGAAACCGAAGUAAAGUGCCGAAAUCAAUGAAGAUAGAAUAUACCAAAUAAAAUCGAUAGAACUGAUAUGAAUAAUACUUCUGAAAUUUCAAAAGUGUUCAAGGACAAAUUCUUGAAUUUUAUUGAUCCAGUGAGAACAAAGGACCUCAAUUUUUUGUCAACUCCUAAUUCUCCCUCCCUCAAGUCAAGAAGGAAGCUAGAGAACUUGAAAUCAAGAAGUGUGAGAAGGCCUGGAACUAUGGGAAAGGUCAAUGGUGUAUCAUAUAUGUCUUCUAAUAGAGCAAGCAACUUUGAAAUGCCAAAGAAGUCCCAAAAGAUCAACCUGUCUACUUAUAGUAAUUUCAGGAGCAACAUUGAGCAGCCAAAAGAAGUCCCAAAUCUCGAGAAUGAUGAAGACAUGAAAAAUAUUCCCCAGCAUUUAUUUAAUUUUAUGAGGAAUGCUUCUAAAGAACUACUUAAAAAUAAUUCUGAAUUAAACUCUCAAGAUGAUUCUAAUGAAAUUGAGAGCCAAGAAUCUAGUGAGCCCGUAAUCACAAUCCAGAAGAGAUAUGGCAAUCCAAGUUAGAAAUGAGGAGCUUGCAAUGUACUAUCGGCAUACCAUUUCUAAGAAUAAUUUC